AUGGCAAUCCAACACUCUCUCAUUUUCAACAUAUGCUUCCUUCUGCUGCUUCUACCUGAAUCAAUUCAAUCUGAAUCUGACAACAAUCGAAUGGUAUACGUGGUGUAUAUGGGCCACAACGCUCGAGAUGAUGCGUCUACCUCCUCCUUUCACUUGAGCAUGCUACAAGAAGUUGUUGGCAGGGAUGCAAAGAAACAUAUGCUUCAAAGAUACAGUAAAAGCUUCCAUGGAUUUUCAGCAAGACUUACGGAAGAGGAGGUUAAGAAGCUGUCAGGGAUGGAGGGGGUUGUUUCUGUGUUUCCUAGCAAAUCAAAUAAACUGGCAACCGCAAGCUCAUGGGACUUCUUAGGUUUCCCACUUACAGUCAACAGAUCAACAACCGAAAGUGAUAUCAUCAUCGGGGUUUUUGACACCGGAAUAUGGCCGGAAUCAGCCAGUUUCACUGACCUAGGAUAUGGUCCUCCUCCUGCAAAAUGGAAGGGCAUUUGCGAAGCCAAUUUCACUUGCAACAACAAAAUAAUCGGAGCACGACACUUCAAGGCAGAUGGAAUAUACGACUCCAAAGAGUUCAAAUCACCGAGAGACUCUGAUGGUCAUGGAACCCACACCGCAUCCACUGCUGCAGGAAACGUAGUGAGGAAUGCAAAUCUACUAGGCCUCCAGUCAGGAAUAGCUCGAGGGGGUGUGCCAAGAGCCAGGAUCGCAGUAUAUAAGGUGUGUUGGAUAGAGGGUUGUCGAAGCGAGGACGUUCUUUCUGCUUUUGAAGCUGCCAUUGCUGAUGGUGUUGACAUAAUCACCGUUUCUGCUGGCUUAACAUCUGCCGAAGAGCUUUUUAAUGAUGUUUACGCUAUUGGUUCCUUUCAUGCAAUGCAAAAAGGAAUACUAACUGUACAAUCUGCUAUGAAUGAAGGACCUAUGCCACAGACCACCGGUAGUAUCGCUCCAUGGAUUCUUUCGGUGGGUGCCAGCCCUAAAGACCCUGAUUUAAUCACCCCAGUAAGACUAGGAAAUGGUAGAGUUGUUAAUGGAGUUUCAAUAAAUCCAUUUACACUUGACAGAAUGUAUCCUUUAAUCUAUGCUGGAGAUGUGCCGAAUAUCACGGCUGGAUUCAAUGGAUCAAUAUCGAGGUUUUGCGUCCCAAACUCAUUGGACAAGAAUUUAGUGAAGGGAAAAAUAAUAUUAUGUGAUGCUAUAUCGACUGGAGAACCUGAAAUGUUGGCUGGUGCUGUCGGAUCUAUCAUGAGAUAUCCUGGACCUUAUUUUGAACUCGUGCGUUCUUAUACUUUGCCUGUUAGUGUUGUGAACUCCGAGCAAGCAAUAAGAAUUGCCCGCUACAUGCAAUCAACAAGAAAUGCAACUGCAAUAAUAAUGAAGAGUGAAGACGACAGCAAUGCGACUACCCCGUAUGUUGCCUCUUUUUCAUCAAGAGGUCCAAAUCCAACAAUUACAAGCAUCCUGAAGCCAGACUUAACAGCUCCUGGAGUACGAAUUCUAGCAGCAUGGCCACCUGUGGCUCCAAUUACCGAAGUAGAAGGAGACAGAAGAGCGGUAACAUUCAACAUGAUAUCAGGGACAUCAAUGGCAUGCCCACACGUGAGUGGGAUAGCUGCAUAUAUCAAAACAUUUAACCCAACAUGGUCUCCUGCAGCCAUUAAGUCGGCUCUCAUGACAACAGCUUCUACUAUGAGUGCCCGGAUCAACACAGAUGCUGAAUUUGCAUAUGGAGCUGGAAAUCUUAAUCCAAUUAAAGCUAUGAAACCUGGGCUGAUAUACGAUGCUGUUGAGGUAGAUUACAUAAGUCUUUUGUGCCAGGAAGGCUACAGCAGCCAACAUAUUAGAAGCCUCACUGGGGACAACAGUAGUAGCUGCUCUCAGAUCAUAGAACAAACUAAGGAUCUAAACUACCCUUCCUUUGUCAUACCCACACUGCGCAAGAAAGUCAUUGAUUCAAGUUUCAAUAGGAUUGUCACCAAUGUCGGCUCUGCAACAUCAACAUAUAGAGUUUUCAUAACUCAACCACUUGUUAGCGGUUUGAGGAUACAGGUUGAGCCCAAUGUUUUACGGUUCGAACAUAUUGGGGAAAAGCUAUCUUUUAAGGUGUCCGUGCAGGCAACCAUAGAGAACUUAGACAACCCAAUUGUUUCUGGUGCUUUGACAUGGGAUGAUGGAGUGCAUCAAGUGAGAAGCCCCAUCGUUGUGCAUGUUCCAUGAUAAUCAUUAUGUAAUUUACUACAAAGAUUAUUGUUUUCUUUUAUAAUCUUUUUCUUGUUGUGUAUCAUACUAAAUUUUCAAUUUGUGAUAUUUUCUGCAUAUUAUAAUAAUCCAUAAUAUUUAUUAUAUAAGAAAAGAA